GGUGGAUUUUUGGGGAGACGCGGAAGGAUGUUUAGGGACGGGCGCGUGCAUGCGUAAGAUUUAAGGACUGUUUUGGAAAAAAGGAGGCGCGCGCUUGCUGGUGAGCUGCACGAGCGAGCCCUAAAUGCCCUAAAUCGACGACAAAAGGCACCACGGCAGCGCCAGCGCGUGCUGCUGAUUUACCUCUGGCAGGUCUGUGAUGAUCGCGCGCGCGGAGCAGCAACAAUCCUGAUGUGCUGAGGUGCUGACAUGGCUCAGACGCUGCAGAUGGCCAUCCCCAACUUCGGAAACAACGUCCUGGAGUGCCUGAACGAGCAGCGGCUGCAGGGGCUCUACUGCGACGUCUCCGUGGUGGUGAAGGGACACACGUUCAAGGCCCACCGUGCCGUGUUGGCUGCCAGCAGCUCCUACUUCCGCGACCUCUUCAACUCGGGCGCCAAAAGCUCGGUGGUGGAGCUGCCGCCGGCCGUGCAGCCGCAGAGCUUCCAGCAGAUCCUGACCUUCUGCUACACGGGGCGGCUCAGCAUGAACGUCGGGGAUCAGUUCCUGCUCAUGUACACGGCCGGCUUCCUGCAGAUCCAGCAGAUCAUGGAAAAGGGAACCGAGUUCUUCCUCAAAGUCAGCUCCCCCAGCUGCGACUCGCAGGGUCUGCACACAGAGGAGAUGCCGCAUUCUGAGCCCCAGAGCCCAGUGGGCGGAGCUAUGGGAGGAGUCGUUGCCGCCACGGCGGCCGGACGCCCCGCCUCCUGCCUCACUCCGCUUUCGUUGGUAUCGAGGGUGAAAACGGAGCAGCCGCAGCAACAGCAGGAGGGGUCUCCGUACUCGGUGGUCUGCAUGCCGGUCGCUAAACGGCUUUGGGAGGGGGGCAGCCGAGAAGGGGGCGGGGGGGCAGGAGGAGGGGGAGGAGGGGGAGGGAUGAGGAAGGCCCCACGCUUCUCACAGGAAGUAGCACGAGGUGCGCCGCCUCAGGGUGCGGCGAUGUUGGGUGGAAACGUGACGGCAAACAGCAACAACAACAACAACAACAGUAGCAGCUGUGGGGGGGGCAGCGGUGGGGGCACUCCGGAGGGCACCAGCCCGGGCACGCUGAGCAUGUAUACCAGCGACUCACCCAUCUCCUACCACGACGACGAGGAAGAGGAGGAGCUCGCAGACGAAACGGCCGAAGAUCAGUACAGGCAGAUCUGCAAUAUGUACACCAUGUACAGCAUGAUGAACGUGGGGGCUGCAGCUGGAGAGCGGGUGGAGUCCCUGCCGGACCACCUGACCGUAGAGUCAAGGGGCAGAGGGGUCCGGGUGCGUCCGGAACUCUCCUCUCUGCCGACGGAGCUGAUCUCCCAGAUCGGAAACCGCUGCCACCCCCGGCUGUACGAGGAGGGCGACCCGGCCGAGAAGCUGGAGCUGGUGAGCGGAACCAGCGUCUUCAUCUCCCGCGCGCAGCUCAUGAACUGCCACGUCAGCGCCGGAACCCGGCACAAAGUCCUGCUGCGCCGCCUGCUGGCUGCGUUCUUCGACCGAAGUACUCUGGCUAACAGCUGUGGGACGGGGAUUCGCUCGUCCACCAACGACCCCAACAGGAAACCUCUCGACAACAGAGUCCUCCAUGCAGUCAAGUUUUAUUGUCAGAACUUCGCGCCGAGCUUUAAGGAGAGUGAGAUGAACGCGAUAGCGGCUGACAUGUGCACUAAUGCCCGCCGCGUGGUCAGGAAGAGCUGGAUCCCCAAACUGAAGCAGCUGAUGGCCGAGAGUGAUGCCUACGCUAACCUCUUCCCUGACGCUAACAAGCCAGAGGCCGACGCCCUGGGGGCGGAGCCUGCAUUUGAUGCACCCGUCGAUGAGGGCGGGACAUGCUCCGGCGCCGGGCAAUCGUCUGCUGAGGCGCUGCAGGGCGUGGGCGGAGAUGGCGGCGCCUUGUUUUAUGUGUUAGUGUGUGUUAGAGAACAGAAACGCUGCAGCUGGUAGUCUCGGUGCUGUUGGAGCUGCUGUGUUCUGGAUCACAGCCACAGUGAAAGUUCUGCAGUGUCUCUGUACGGAUCAGUCAGGCUCAUCCUGGAUUACAUCCUCCGGAAUAUCUUUGAAGGAAACUCACGGAAUCUUUUUCUGUCCAGUUCCUCACGUCACUCACAGAGUCGCUCUCACAGGGAUGUGUGGAUGGACGGAUGGAGAAGUGAAUGGGUGGAAGGAUGGAUGGACAGACAGAUGGACGGAUGGGUGGAUGGGAAAGAACAGAUGAGAAGAAGGAGUGUUGAGACAGAAUUCUAAAAUUCAGAACAAGCACAUUUAAAACAACACAGGGAAAAAAUAAAUGAGAAGGAGAGAGAGAAACACAGAGAGACACAGAGAGAGAGAGAGAGACAGAGAGAGACACAGAGAGAGAGAGACACACACACAGAGAG